GGCGUGUGGCGAGGAGUUCGCGUGCCCCGAGCUGGAGGCGCUGUUCCGCGGCUACACGCUGCGGCUGGAGCAGGCGGCCACGCUGAAGGCGCUGGCGGUGCUCAGCCUACUGGCGGGAGCCCUGGCUCUGGCUGAACUGCUGGGCGCACCGGGACCCGCGCCUGGCCUCGCCAAGGGGUCUCACCCGGUGCACUGCAUCCUCUUCCUGGCGCUGUUCGUGGUCACCAAUGUCCGAUCCCUGCAGGUGCCCCAGCUGCAGCAGGUCGGUCAGCUGGCGCUGUUCUUCAGCCUCACCUUCGCGCUACUCUGCUGCCCCUUCGCGCUGGGUGGCCCGGCGAGGGGCUCUGCGGGAGGCGCCGUGGGAUCCGCGGUUGCUGAGCAGGGGGUUUGGCAACUCCUUUUGGUCACCUUCAUAUCCUAUGCCUUGCUGCCCGUGCGCAGCCUACUGGCCAUCGGCUUCGGGCUGGUGGUGGCUGCCUCACACUUACUGGUCACAGCCGCCUUGGUCCCUGCCAAGCGCCCACGUCUCUGGAGGACGCUCGGUGCCAAUGCCCUGCUCUUUGUGGGUGUGAACAUGUAUGGCGUCUUCGUGCGGAUCUUGACGGAGCGCUCACAGAGGAAGGCCUUCCUGCAGGCUCGAAGCUGCAUUGAGGAUCGGCUGCGGCUGGAGGAUGAGAACGAGAAGCAGGAGCGGUUGCUCAUGAGCCUCUUGCCCCGGAAUGUCGCCAUGGAGAUGAAGGAAGACUUCCUGAAGCCCCCAGAGAGGAUUUUCCACAAGAUUUACAUCCAGAGGCAUGACAACGUGAGCAUCCUGUUUGCAGACAUCGUGGGUUUCACAGGUCUGGCGUCCCAGUGCACGGCCCAGGAGCUGGUGAAGCUGCUCAAUGAACUCUUCGGCAAGUUCGACGAGUUAGCCACGGAAAACCACUGUCGCCGCAUCAAGAUCCUUGGGGACUGCUACUACUGUGUGUCGGGCCUCACCCAGCCCAAGACUGAUCACGCCCAUUGCUGUGUGGAGAUGGGACUUGACAUGAUCGAUACCAUCACAUCCGUGGCCGAGGCUACUGAAGUGGACCUGAACAUGCGUGUCGGGCUACACACCGGCAGGGUCCUCUGUGGAGUCCUGGGCCUACGCAAGUGGCAAUACGAUGUCUGGUCCAAUGAUGUGACCCUGGCCAAUGUCAUGGAGGCUGCUGGCUUACCUGGGAAGGUUCACAUCACAAAGACGACCCUCGCGUGCUUGAAUGGGGACUACGAGGUCGAGCCGGGUCAUGGCCACGAGAGGAACACCUUCCUGAGAACUCACAACAUCGAGACCUUCUUUAUUGUGCCAUCCCAUCGGAGAAAGAUAUUUCCUGGCUUGAUUCUCUCGGAUAUCAAACCAGCCAAGAGGAUGAAGUUCAAGACUGUCUGCUACCUGCUGGUGCAGCUCAUGCACUGCCGGAAAAUGUUCAAAGCUGAGAUCCCUUUCUCCAACGUGAUGACCUGUGAGGACGAUGACAAGCGGAGGGCACUGAGAACAGCCUCGGAGAAGCUCAGAAACCGCUCAUCUUUCUCUACCAACGUGGUCUACACCACCCCGGGCACACGUGUCAACAGGUACAUCAGCCGUCUUCUUGAAGCCCGCCAGACAGAGCUGGAGAUGGCAGACCUGAACUUCUUUACCCUGAAGUACAAACAUGUUGAACGAGAGCAAAAAUACCACCAGCUUCAGGAUGAGUACUUCACCAGCGCUGUUGUCCUCGCCCUCAUCCUGGCUGCCUUAUUUGGGCUUGUCUACCUUCUGAUAAUUCCACAGAGUGUGGCUGUCCUGCUGCUGCUGGUGUUUUCGAUCUGCUUCUUGGUGGCCUGUAUCCUGUACCUGCACAUCACGCGGGUCCAGUGUUUUCCAGGGUGCCUGACGAUCCAGAUUCGCACUGUUUUGUGUGUAUUCAUAGUGGUCUUAAUCUACUCAGUAGCUCAAGGAUGUGUGGUGGGCUGCCUGCCCUGGGCCUGGAGCUCUCAGUCCAACAGCUCCCUAGUGGUCCUUGCGGCUGGCGGCCGGCGCACUGUGCUGCCUGCCCUGCCCUGUGAGUCUGCACACCACGCCCUGCUCUGCUGCCUGGUGGGCACCCUUCCACUAGCCAUAUUCCUGCGGGUGUCCUCCUUGCCAAAGAUGAUCCUGCUGUCUGGGCUGACCACAUCCUACAUCCUGGUCCUGGAGCUCAGUGGAUACACCAAGGUUGGGGGCGGUGCCCUCUCUGGGCGCAGCUAUGAGCCAAUCAUGGCUAUCUUGCUGUUCUCAUGCACACUGGCCCUGCAUGCCAGGCAAGUGGAUGUUAGACUGCGGCUGGACUACCUCUGGGCAGCACAGGCUGAAGAGGAGCGGGAUGACAUGGAGAGAGUAAAGCUGGACAACAAGAGGAUCCUCUUCAACCUCCUGCCCGCCCACGUCGCACAGCACUUCCUCAUGUCCAAUCCCCGGAACAUGGACCUCUAUUACCAGUCCUACUCCCAAGUGGGCGUCAUGUUCGCCUCCAUCCCCAACUUCAAUGACUUCUACAUCGAGCUGGACGGCAACAACAUGGGGGUUGAGUGUCUGCGGCUCCUCAAUGAGAUCAUUGCCGACUUCGAUGAGCUCAUGGACAAGGACUUUUACAAGGACCUGGAGAAGAUUAAGACCAUUGGGAGUACCUAUAUGGCUGCCGUGGGGCUGGCGCCCACAGCAGGAACCAGGGCUAAGAAGUCCAUCUCUUCCCACCUGAGCACGCUGGCAGACUUUGCCAUCGAUAUGUUUGAUGUCCUGGAUGAGAUCAACUACCAGUCCUACAACGACUUUGUUCUCCGAGUCGGCAUCAACGUUGGCCCUGUGGUGGCUGGAGUGAUUGGCGCUCGCAGGCCCCAGUACGACAUCUGGGGAAACACAGUCAAUGUGGCCAGUCGGAUGGACAGCACUGGGGUCCAGGGCAGAAUCCAGGUGACUGAGGAGGUCCACCGGUUACUGAAGAGGUGCUCAUACCAGUUUGUGUGCAGAGGCAAAGUCAGCGUCAAGGGGAAGGGAGAGAUGCUAACGUACUUUCUAGAAGGCAGGACUGAUGGAAACAGUUCCCAUGGCAGGACCUUCCGCUUGGAGCGGAGAAUGUGUCCUUAUGGGAGAGGCCAGCCCAGACGGCCCCCACUGUGUCCUGGAGCUGGACCCCCAAUGAGGCCGGGGCUUCCCCCAGCCCCCGCUGGUCAGUUCCUGACAUCCACAGCAGCAGGGAAGGAAGCCUAGUGGAGCCCAUGGGCCACUGGAGAUGCAUGCAUAGCAAGAAUGCUCCAGGAUGACACACGCCAUCAUGGCUCCAGCCAAGACCAGCCAGAGGAGCAGUUGCUAAGUGGCUGGGCUGGAGAAGAAGCAUCGUCUAGGUGUGGCCUGAGGCCAAUGGGAGAUGUGCCCAAGCUACCCACUUGGGGCAUAUGGAGCCCUGUCUCUUCCUAGUGACCUGGUUAUGCCUGGCUAGUGUUGGCAUCGGUGGGACCUUGGGAAUAUCUUCCAUGGUCAAUGGCAAAAGCUGUGGAGGUCCAUCUGGCAGAGGAGCCCACCACGACUGAGCCCCAAGUCAGCCUGGCUUAUGGGUGGCUCCAGCCCUGGUAGGCCCUGGCUUAUGGGUGGCUCAAACCCUGGCUAGAAGAUUCGAGUACCAGACUGGGAAGUUGGCCCCGCUGGGCAGGGCCAUCAAAGUUGAGUUGUUUAUACCAUGGGCACAGCUUAGGGCUCGUCAGGUCUCGGACAGGACAGGAAGAAUUGAAAAGCCACCUCUUACUGCAUGAAGAGUGAUGUUGUUGGCUUUCCUCAAGAGUAGGCUUUUGCUAACAGCCAGAGGCAGGUCUUCUGGAAUCCUCAGGGGGCCCCACAGCGCCCCCCCCCCAACUUCUAUCCUCCUGGCCUGUGCAUUCUCUUCCAACCCCACUUGCCUGCUGGUCUCUGACUCCUGUGACAGCGAGUCCUCUUCUCCCGUGCUACCACCGCACAUUCAGAGAAGAGGGGUGUGUGCUGAUUUGCCUUCCCCGGGGUGUCUCGGACACUGUUAAGUGUCACAAAAAUCAAGCCUUCAUUUAUGCUGAGUGAUUGGCUCCCUACACCCGCGAGCACUUUCCUUGCUGGAAGACAUCAUUUCUCUGACAUAACCACCCCUCCUCUUGGGGGUUUCGGAGUUGGCAGAGUGUGCGUUCCUGAGUCUUAGGUGUGGUAUCCCUGCUCCCGAGUGAAGAAGGGAGUCUCCCAUCUGCGCUUUCCCACGACUGCAGCUGAGAUGAAAACCGCGAGUGUGGGGAACAGGAGUCUGAAGGAGCUGCUAGGAAGCAAUGGGCCCGGAAUAGCUGGAUGAAACCUGGCUUCUGGAGAUACUCAGCCUCACUCACAGGAAGGGAGGCAGCUUGAAACAGGGCAGGUGGGCGUAAGCCCUGCCUGCUCACGGCUGUAGAGGUUCAUCUCCUCACUGCUCCCCAAGGACUUUCCCCUGCCUAAGGUCCUGUCUUCUUCGACUAGGGCAGAGCUUUCCCUGGCAGGGUGCAGAUGUGGGGGUCCCUGGUUCCCAACUCAGCUCUGGCUCAAGUGUGUGGCCAUGCUGGGGCCUGGGUAGUUUCACAGGUCAGCCAGCGCCCAUCCUGGGAGACUCAGGCGAGGCUAGACUCAGGUGGCAUGUGUCAAGCGAAGGAGAGAGGCGGAGGCUGCGUGCACAGUCUCCAAGUACCUGAGACUGUAGGCUGUACUGCAGGUGCCCUAGGGUAGGGGUGAGGCAGCUGGGAAGACUGCAUAUUCUCUAUGGGCUGGAGCUUGUGGUUGAUGGUAAAGGUACCCUCUGGCACCUUCUGCAGAGGAAUGUUGACCUGUGCCCACCCUGUUUUGUUGCCUUUCUGAUGAUAGCAUAGCAGGCAGUGUGGUAUGGCCAUCGUUUGCUGCCUUUCUGUCAUUCUGUCCUGGCUAGAACCCGGAGCCGGGGCCAGACUGACCCCCGCACUCCACUGUAGCGUCCAGAGCUGGAGAGCCAGGAGCUUCAGCCUCUUCCGGUGGUCAUGUCUACUUCCUGUGGCUUGGCAUUUUGAUAUAGCAGUGCUGGGGGGAUGCCGGCUCCAGUAGGGCUGAGGGCAGGGGAGAGCUUUGGGGUUUCUCAUGUGGUCCAGAAUUCCACCAGAGAUUGCAUUUACAGGAAAGCUGCAGGCUGGUGGGGGUGGGGUGGGGGUGGGGGUGGCUCUGAGGAGAGGCAGAUUCAUCUGAGCCGGAACCUGGCGAAGGCACACAAAUUUUCACUCUUUGUGCCUCCUGCCCGCUCCCACGUUUUCCUAUCCUUGGGACGAAUAGCUUUGCCUCAUGGGCUUCUUUUUCCACUAGGACUUUUUCACCUGUCGGUUUGUCUUGACCAGAUUUGAAGCAGUCAGCUCAGACAGGAGCACCCAGAGCAAGUGAGUUACGUUGGAGCCCUGGCUCUGUGGGCUGUGGUCCUGCCCCUGGCCUUCUAGGUCAUUAAGGAUGGCAGAAAACCUCUAGCGCAGCCUGGGUUUCCUCUGAGUGGCUACGGGGCCUCCAGAGCUCCUGUGUGCCUGGGCUGUCCGGGUUAGGCAGGGAGGCAUGGUUCUCAAAGAUGAUGCCCACAGGAUAGCCCCAGGCCUUGUGUGUGUCGGCCAAGGAGCUUCACGGGGGGACUUGGGGUGGCCGCUGAAGGAUGAGAACGGAUCCUGGACUGCACCAUUGGGGUUGGUGCAGACACAUGGCCUCUCAGAAGUCAACAGAAGGAUGGACAGGCUGGGAGAGGUGUGAAGCAUACACUGAAGAGACCUGUGAGGAGGGCACCACAGCUCCAGCCAGCAGAGAAGCCAGGAUGUCACUCCCACAACCCACAGGGAACUGAAAUUGGCCCUCGCCUGAGUAAGCAGCAGGCAGAUCACCAGAGCCAUCAGGAAGGAGCCCGGUGACACCUGGAUCUGACCUCUAAGACUCGAAGCAGAGCCAGCCAGGGCCUGUAGUGUUGCACGCACAUGAAGUGUGCAAAAUGGGGAUCACAUGGGUGCUUGGGCAGAGCCACCCACAGUGUGGUCAGAGCCAGAGAAAGCAACCGUAUAGGAUGACAUUGCCUUCUCUGGGCACAGAACUGUUCCGAAGUAGACCGCACAGGAGCCUUGGCUGGGUCUCUUCUUCAGGGGCGACAUCUCCAUCAUCAGCAAUUCCAAACCCGCCUACUUCUUGUGAGGUCAGGAACCACACGUGCAGCCAUAAUGUUCCUCCGGGUUUGGUGACAAAUGACUUUCUUUUUAUUUGUGAUAAAAAUGUAUUAUAUUGCCUUAUUUAUUUUUAAUCUUGUACAAUAUUCAUGUACAAAUGUUAGAGCCAUUUGGGUAGGAUUCUCUCCAAAUUAUUUAUUUUAAGAUGCUCUGUAAAUAGUGCACCAGUUACAGGUGCUUCCUGUUCACUUGUACCAAAAAUGAGGAAAAGCCUGGCACCCACGUCAACCCUUGCUUGCGAUGCUGUGGCCCUUGGGAAAUGACCCCUUUGUGUUCCCUUCUCAACCCUAGCAUGCCUCCCGUGCCUGACAUUGUAGAGUAGAACCCAGCCCCAGAAUGCUUCCAAACGCUUCCAUGGACUGUGCCAACCUGGGACGGUCCACUCCUGGAGCGUCUCUCCCUGCAGGUGUAUGUCCCCCACACACCCAGCCACCCACUCGUUUCUCGGACUCCCAAGCCACCAGGGCUUCCGGACCCCUUCUGUCAUAGAAGCAAUAACCAUAACUCUAUACUGUAGAGACAAGUCUGGCCCAAGCAGAUGGAUACUUCGGAAACUACCCAUGCAUGUGAGUUUGCUAUAGAGGACUGUCAUUCCAGGUCCCCACCCCUCCCAGAAGGCCCAGCUCUAGCUUCUUGGUUUCUGGAGCUUGGAUUGGUACCCCCAGAUAGCUGAGCAGACUGAGCCAGCCACCAGUCCUGAGCCCUACAUUAUUGCUCACUAAGGAAUAAAGCUUAGGGCAGCCAUCCGACCCUGUAUCUGUACCUAUCCUUGAGUCGUGAUGCUUCAUCUGACUGAGGGUAGUAAUGGUUUGUUUCAGUGGUGUGAGCAUCAAAAGGUAACAUUUCAAGGCACUCAUGGAAUACUAUUCAAAGAAAACGAUGCCAUAGUCAAGGUUGCACAUCUCACUUUUAUCGGUGCCAUCCUGGUAGGAGAAGAGCUCUGUGUUGGAGAGGAUGAUUCCUGAGGUUAUAACAGGAAAGGGCUAGGAAGGGAGCCCUGACUAGCAUAAAGGAUUCGGACUGUGGGCUUAGUUGGUGGAUGUGGCCAGCCUUCAGAGAGUUCACAUUUUAUUUAAGUGCAAUCUGAAGGACUCUUGUGCCAUAACAUGUCCUAACAUCGACCUACAGAGGCUGUGUAAAUGACUUGCUUUAAUGGGCUGGGUAAGAGGGGAGCAGAUUGGAUUGUGGAAUCAGGGAAGGUUUCAUUUGAUUCUCCCAGCCAUCACCACUCUCAACAAGGUAGGUUCUAGGACUCUCCGAGUCUCAGGGAUCUUGUUCAUAGCCUGUACAGUGUUCAGUCGAUGGUGUUGGGGGUUUACAGAGCAGGUGUGUACCUUGCACAGGGAGCAUAACAGUUGCAGGGAAAGAACAUUCUAUAUAUUGCUCACCUAUCAGCACCAUGAGAGGCUGCAGAAGUGAUGCUCAUAUAUUACUUUAUUGAAUGGUUGUAUAUAGGUAACCCCCAGAAACUGACUUGCUCAUGCUUUUUAGUGGCUUCAAUUUUUAAAGAGUGCUCUUACAUGCACAUAUACACAAAACAAAACAAAAAAACCCAAAACCUUCUCCCAGUUGUUUGCCUUGGUAAAAUUAAUAAAGAACAAAUCUAGCAGCUUGGGUGUUAUGUGGGCCCUGAAGCAUCUUGCUUCUCUGACUGUGAUUGGCUUUUGGUUUCCAUUUUGGGUUUGAACCAAUAGCUCAUUUUCAUUUACAACUACAGGCUUGGAGGUAGGUUGAUGGUUAAAAGUGUGUGUGUGUGUGUGUGUGUGUGUGUGUGUGUGUGUGUGUGUGUGUAGGCUGGGCGUUAGAGGAGUUGCAUUGGGUGGACUUAGAUUCAGGGAUCUGCUUGCUGGUGUGAUGGGACCCAGAGUUCAACAGGCAAAAUCGGAGCUGCCCUCAGCUGACCUGGGGAAGCUAACCUCUGUGUUUCGGGCAGAAUGAGGUCUCUAUUUAGGAACUGAGACUUCUAGAUAACGAUCUUGCUCAUGAAUCAUUCUGAGCUCUUUGGCACCAGAGAGGAAAUGUGUUAGGAUGUUCACAGCUGCCAGGAUGAAUAUGGUGGAAAUGGAGGCUCUUUGGCCCUAAGCAACUCUCGGUGCCUGUGUGGUCAACUGGUACCACAGGAGGCCAGUGUGGACCCAGAGGCACAAGGCCUAGAGCCCAGGAGCCUUCCUAGGGGAAGGCAGAGGGUGUGAGGCCUGGUCAGAGGAGCUCCACCUGGAGGGUAGGGAGGGCACAGAACUAAAGGGCACAUUCAGGAAGGCUUCUGCUGCUCACUGGAUGGAGAAUUCUGGGGAGUUUGAUGUCCACAUGUAGAUGAUGUGGGGUGGCCUAGUCCUGCUGGUGGCUGAUGACAGCCGCACAGGGUACUCCUGCCUGGGGCCUGUCUGUGAUGCUCUAGGGACUGGAGGCAAGGAGGAUGUGAUGGGCUGUAGCGGCUGUUUCCUCUCACAGGGUCAGGUGCACAGUAAACACCACCUCACAGACACAAGAGAAUCAGGCAAGGCAGGUGUCUGCACCCUCAGGUUCUGCCUCCCCAAGAACCCAGGGGGUACUUUGGAUAUAUCUGGGGUCUCCAGCAGCCCUGUGUGCUCACUCCUCGGAAAGGCAGGUCCAAUAAUAGGAUAUGAGAUUUGUCACUCUGGGGUCCAUUUGGUAAACACUUCAGAUCCAACUUCAAGUGCCACGUUCUGUCACUAUAAACGAUUAUCCAGUCAACAGAUCAUUAUGUAAAGACUAAGACGUUUGGAUUUUUUAUGUUUUCUUACUGUUUUAAUCCAUUCUGUUCCACACAGACCAGAUUUGUCCAGUAGCUUGAAAAACAACAAACCACUCCACUCGGGGCCAUACUUAGUUCAAAUCAAUGCGUGCUCCUGUGCACAUGUGUAAACAUGUGUGUGCAUGUCUCAUACAACAUAAAUUCUCCCUAGGAGUAAGAAGAUUAACAGCAGGACCAAAACUAAAUUUGAAUACAGUCAGCUGACCAUCCUUUGGGACACUUAGCAUCCCAUAAACUGAGGCAGCACCUGCCAAUUCCCACCCUCCAUUGGGGGGGAUGGGUGGAGGAUGGGCACUUGUCCCUGAGCUACUGUCCAGUAAGGACUGCUGACUCUCUUUUGCAAAGAGACUGCCAUCAUAGCAUUCAGGCCCAGGUGCAUUGAGGCAAUCUGUUGCUCCUAUUUCUUUUGUCUUGUUGGUUUGAGGGUUUGGGUACAUGUGGCGUACUGUGCAGAGAUGCCAGCGUGAGUGUGUAUCGAAACUCUUGAGGGAGGAGCAAAGUGGCACCCACCUCAGGUACAUGAGCCCUUUCCUACCCUCCAAGUUAUAAGAGCUGCCGUGGAGGCCACAUCCUCCACCUGGUAUGUCUGUCAGCUGCCACCCAUCUGCCUUGUACAGUGGGAAGAACAAGACUCAGGAGGCUAGCACGAGUUGUGGUUCAUAAACUGUCUUAAAAUUCAGAAAAUGGACCACUGUCAUGCCACAUCCUCUGUCCUGACAAGUGUUAAGUCAUUUAAAAUCUAAUGAAUGUACUGAGUUUUCUCUAGCAUGCUACUAACCUGCUAAGUCCACAGUCAACCACAGGGAGGUCAGUCAUCAUUGUCCCAUUAGUUAACAUCUUUGGGGGGGGGGGUUGAUAUGUGGGUAAAUUGAUCAAACAUUCAUUGCUAGUCUUCCCAUGUAGCUUUGCAAUUCCUGGGCAUCCACGUCCGUGAACAGCCUGUGGAGGAAGUGGUAUAAUACUCAAAUACAUGUUGUCCUGAGACUGCAACCCAGAGAGGGAGAGGCCACGCCUCAUCUGUUCUGGCCGACCUGUGUGUUUUCUCUUCCGGCUAGGGUCUCUGCUAAGCAAAUGGCAUUCUGUAAGGACUGGGUCAUUGUUGAUGCUAUUGACUGUACAUAAUGCCUACCGUGGUGCAGGGCACCUCAUGGAGGCGCAUCCCUUGUGGGCAAGGCUUGCUUACAUCCCACGUUUGGAGUUUGUGGCCAAGUGCUGUUUGUUUCUGUAGUCCUUGGCUUCUUGUUGCUAAAUUAGAGCCAUCUGUUUCCGUUCAGAUCAGUUGCGCGCCUCUAGAGUUACAGACACCCGACAAGAACUUAGAACACCCAGCUUCAGCGGGCCCUGCUUUGCCGUGCCCUUGAGAUUCUAAAACUUUCUGAAACACAAACUGUCAUCGUGUUCAGUGGGAUCUUCUUAAAGCACUCUUUUCUGUAGAGCCCAAACCACACACUGGCUUUCCCCCUUCACACAGCCAGCCUGGCUCCAGUUACAGCUCUGACCUUCAGUGCGCUACAACCAUUUCUAGCAUAUGCUUCCGGCAGCCACAGCAGUGAGGGUGCCUUCCCAGGGAUUAAAGGAAAGUUUAGACAAAAUUCCCCAGGAUUGUAUAGAAAGCAUCGAAGGGACUAUGAUGGAUGACAGGAAGUACGUCAGCCUCUCAAGUACAGGGAUCCCACAUGCCUUCUAAGCUUUACCUCCUGACGCCAGGCAGCAUCCACUUCAGAUACAUUGGUUUCCAAACAUUUCCCGCCACUUCCUGAGAAUUAGCAUUUCAGUGGAGAUGCUAUCAGAGACUGAUUCCAGAAAUCUCUUAGGCUUAAUCAACUCUUAGGCCAACAGUUGCGGGCCACUCUGUCUGCCUGUGGGUGGUGCCCCCCUCCCCCACGGCCCUGCCAUGGGAAGUGGACUUGACAGCAGCCAGAACUUGUCUCUCACCUCCCACCAGCAGCCUCCACUCAGCCCCAGGCCCCAGGCCCAUGAAGCACAAGUCUCAGGGGACCGUUCCCAUCCUGUGGGGACCCCAAGGGAGCCCCCAACAUCUCUUGCAUCCACCACUGGCAGUGUGGGCACAGCUGGCCACCAGGAGCACACAUGCCUGGGGGGAGGGGCCUGCUCAGUUGCCUUCAUCCCUGUUAAAAUUGAGUAUAUGCAAGCCAUGUGCACUUGGGAAUUGCAUGCCCUGAAAUUCCUAACUGUGUGCACCUUAGUUUGAAGUUGACAUUAUGUAGCAUGCCCAAAAGAACGGGUGGGCUUGGGCUUGUCCUCCAGUCACCUCUACUGCUUGUUGGGAGCGCCUCGUUCCCCUCUGCCAGCUGACCCCAGGUUUGGGGGAACCGGUGUGGCUCCAGCACUUACUGUCCACUGUCUCCCUUCAGCCCGUGCUCCCUCCCCCACCGUCCUCUCACCUAGGGUGAUUGCUCACCAAUUUGCACAAAUAGGAAUGCCAUUAUGUCUUAGCAGUAAUUCCAUCUUGAUUUUUAAAUAAGCCCAAAGCCCACUUCUGGAUUUCCUUACUUUAAAAAAGAAAAAGAAAAAAAAAAAAGCAUGUAAGCACCUGUGUCCUGUGUUUAGCAAGAAGGCUUUGAGUCCCUCAGUGGGAUGGAGGGUGCAUGGACAAAGGGGGCAUUUUCUCCCACGCAGUAAACCUACCAGAUGCGUCCGUAGCUGUGAGAACGCAAUGAUUAUAGUCACAAUAACUCACUAUCACUGGGUAACCUCUCACAAUAGAUUUGUAUAAUCAAUACGGGUCUAUUUUUAUGUCAACUCUGUAGAGCACCUUCCAGUCUUUUUCAAGAUUGUUAAAUUGAGACAAGUAAUUGAAUAAUUUGUCCUAUUUUUAUUUAAAAAGUGAAUGGACUGAAAUGUUAAUGUGAAUGUACAUUUCUUAACUGCAACUUUUCUACUGAGUGUUUGCACUAUACUCUCUGGAGUCUUAUUUAACAAAAAUAAAAGAGAAAAAUUGCUUGACUAAA